AUGAAGAAGGAGGUGUGCUCCGUGGCCUUCGUCAAGGCCGUGUUCGCCGAGUUCCUGGCCACCCUCAUCUUCGUCUUCUUCGGCCUCGGCUCGGCCCUGCAGUGGCCGUCGGCGCUGCCCUCCAUCCUCCAGAUCGCGCUGGCCUUCGGCCUGGCCAUCGGCACCCUGGCCCAGGCCCUGGGGCCCGUGAGCGGCGGCCACAUCAACCCGGCCAUCACGCUGGCCCUCCUGCUGGGCAACCAGAUCUCCCUGCUGCGCGCCGUCUUCUACGUGGUGGCCCAGCUGCUGGGGGCCAUGGCCGGCGCGGGCAUCCUCUACGGGCUGGCGCCAGCCAAUGCGCGGGGCAACCUGGCCGUCAACGCGCUCAACAACAACACGACGGCCGGCCAGGCCAUGGUGGUGGAGCUGAUUCUGACCUUCCAGCUGGCGCUCUGCAUCUUCUCCUCCACCGACCCCCGCCGCACCGGCCCCGUGGGCUCCCCGGCCCUGUCCAUCGGCCUGUCCGUCACCCUGGGCCACCUCGUGGGGAUCUACUUCACCGGCUGCUCCAUGAACCCCGCCCGCUCCUUCGGCCCCGCGGUGGUCAUGAGGCGGUUCACGCCUGCACACUGGGUGUUCUGGGUGGGGCCCAUCGUGGGGGCCGCCCUGGCCGCCAUCCUCUACUUCUACCUGCUUUUCCCCAACUCGCUGAGCCUGAGCGAGCGGGUGGCCGUCGUCAAGGGCACGUACGAGCCAGAGGAGGACUGGGAGGAGCAGCGGGAGGAGCGGAAGAAGACCAUGGAGCUGACCGCCCACUGA